GGAACUUUAACCAAGAGGUACCCAAACUGCACAUGCUUGCAAGGGCCGCCGACGCAAUAUGGGCGCCUUCGAAAAUAAAGGCCCCACUGUCAUGAGGUGACCAGAGGCACAAGUCAUGGCCCUCCUCGGCGCCGCUUUCAACGCCUCGGCUGCCAGCACAGACGCCGGGCCCCUGGAUGACGUCACUAUUAACAUCACCAACACGUCUCUGACGGAAAGCGGAGGCACUUCGUCCCCGUACUCUUUACCGGAGGUCAUCCUAAUCGCCAUACUAGCGGCGUUGCUCAGCACCCUCACUAUCAUCGGCAACCUCAUGGUGAUGAUAUCCUUCAAACUGGACAAGCAACUCCAGACCAUCAGCAACUACUUCCUGCUAAGUCUGGCCAUUGCAGACUUUUCCAUCGGAGUCAUCUCCAUGCCACUUUUCACCAUGUACACCCUGUACGACCACUGGCCGCUGGGAACGUUCAUCUGCGACACCUGGCUGGCCUUCGACUACCUGACCAGCAACGCGUCCGUGCUCAAUCUGCUCAUCAUCAGCUUCGACCGGUACUUCUCGGUGACACGGCCGCUCACGUACCGUGCUCGGAGAACAACCAAGAGGGCCGCCAUUAUGAUCGCCAGCGCCUGGGUCAUCUCGCUAGUGCUGUGGCCCCCCUGGAUCUACUCUUGGCCGUACAUCGAGGGCCGGCGGAGCGUGCCGGUGGACCGUUGCUACAUCCAGUUCCUCGAGACCAACAUCUACGUUACGUUCGGCACGGCACUGGCCGCUUUCUACGUGCCGGUGACCGUGAUGUGCAUCCUCUACUGGCGCAUCUGGCGGGAGACCGAAAAACGACAGAAGGACUUGACGCAGCUCCAGGCGGGCAAGAAAGACGGCAGCCGGAAGUCGACGUCCAGCGAUGACCCCGCCGAGUCGGAGGACUUCCGGCGCGGCCGUAGUGACUCCUGCGCGCCCGACGUGGAAACGACCUACGUGCCCACGUCUCUCUGCGUCGAGACCUCCAAGUAUCUCCCGCCCGCGGUGCCCAAGAGGCGACGUCUCAAAGACGUCCUCCUAUCCUGGUGCAGGAUCGACAAUGAUAAGGAGGACGACGACAGCACCAGCCAUGGAGGAUCUCCCGGCACCCAGACGCCGGCAUCGGUCGAGACGCCCGUGCAGUCCGCGUCAAUGACCUUCAGGGCCGACCAACUCGUCCAGUUGAACCCGGCAGGUCGGCAGGUCAGCAUCCCCAUGACCGACAGGAACGGACUUCGCCGCUCUGACAGGCCGUCGACAUCUCGCUCCUACUCUUCGGAUUCGGUCUAUACGAUUCUGAUUCGACUGCCGACCCAGCCAUCCCUGGAAGGCGGAGCCUCGCAGGCGUCCAUCAAGAUGAUUCUUGAAGAAGACGCGGAAAAAAACGAGACGACCACCACUUUCGCCAGAACAUCUUCGGAAGACUCGACGACCCUACGGACGGCCGAAGCGGGCAUCGACACGAUCCGCAUUCCGCUCAAUACCAAGCUGGUGCACCGUCAGGUGGCAAAGCAGAAGGCACCCAAGAAGAAGCGGAAGCAGCAGGAGAGGAAGCAAGAGAAAAAGGCAGCCAAAACCCUCAGUGCCAUCCUGCUCGCCUUCAUCGUCACCUGGACACCGUACAACGUUCUCGUGCUCAUCAAAACCGUCUCCUCGUGUGACGACUGCAUCCCGACGGGAUUGUGGAACUUCGUCUACUACCUGUGCUACAUCAACAGUACGGUGAACCCGCUUUGCUACGCGCUGUGCAACGCCAACUUCCGGAGGACAUACAUGCGGAUCCUGUCUUGCAAAUGGCACAACAAGCAGCGAUCCAUGAACCGCGGUUACUUCAGUUGA